AUGCUCAGCGACACAACGACAUACAGGCAAAUAACCAAAGACCCCACACCGAAACUAGAAAGAGAAUUUAGGGCAAAACUCAAAGCCCUGCAGAACAGCAAUGAAAUCGACAUCCAACUGUACCGAAAGCUCACAACACACCCCAGAGCACCUUACGCCAGGGCAACCAUCAAAGUUCAUAAGAACCCGAUCAAAGCCCGACUCCUGAUCUGCUCCAGAGGCACUGUCCACUACGACACGGCACAGUACCUCACUAAACUCCUAACACCUCUGGGCAAAACUUCCAAAUCUUACAUCAAAGACUCAGCAGAAUUUUGUAACAAAGUUAAAGACAUUCCAGGCACAGCCCAACUGAUCAGUUACGACGUCCUUGACCUAUUUACCAAUAUCCCGAGAGAAGAAUCCCUAGACAUCAUACGACAGAAGCUGAACAGUGGACAACACGCCCUUAACACAGCCAUGAAACCUGACAGCAUAAUCAGCCUUCUGGACUCGUGUAUACAUUCCACCUAUUUCACGUGGGGGGAUGACAUAUAUGAACAACUCCACGGUUUACCGAUGGGAUCCCCCCUAUCACCACUUAUCUCCGAAAUAUACAUGACAGAAUUUGAGAACAAAGCCUUAGCUACAAGCCCCAUCAAACCGUUGUGUUGGUUCCGUAAGGUAGAUGACACAUUCGUAGCACUAAACAAGACUGACCACCUCAACACCCAGAACAACAGGAUACAGCUCACCAUGGAACAAGAAUGCAACAAAACCAUACCGUUUCUGGAUGUACUUAUUAGCAAGAGGAACGACAAACUCCUCACUUCAGUAUACCGCAAACCCACACACUCAGACCAAUACGUGAAUUACCAAUCUAACCAACCUAAUCGGAUCAAGAGAGGAAUAAUAUCUAUCCUAACAAAACGAGCCCUACAGAUAUCCAGCAUCAACCUCCAAGAAGAAAUAAAUCACCUCAAAACAGCCUUCACCACCCAAAACCGAUACCCCCCACAAUUAGUGGAGAGAACGAUCAGCAAAACCCUCAAUCCGGCUAACAAGACCAGAGCAACGAGACCCGACCACCCCAAUAUAUAUAUAUAA